UGUGGUCUCAGGACGGGAGGAGGAUUGCUAAUCAUAGCCUAACAAUGCACGCCGCUACUUGGGCGGACGCAAUUCCCGGCUGCUCAGGUGCUGAACGAGUUAACCUCGAAUUCUCGCUCCGAGGCUUCCUGCGCUCCUUCAGAUUAUUCACUCCGACAGAUGUAACUUUGCACCGACUUUGUUUCUUCGCAGCCGAGUGUCGGAGCGAGAAUCAUCAGGCCCGAUAUACUAUAUCAUUUCCAGGGACACCCCGCCGCCGACGCAGUGCUCCAUAGCCCCGAUGUCUUAGCACUGCUGUCCUAUACUGGAUGGAGUGACCAUGGAAACUUCAAACGAGGGGGAAGGGUACAGCCUCACGAGGUCUACAACAGCCUCCGAGCAAAUAACAGAAGGGCCGCAGACCAGAGACAGUGAUAAUAAUGACUCACAAUUUAAGGAAGACACCUUGCAGCAAAUGCUGACUUGUGAAACUGGAAAUACUGGGACUGAAGCCAGCACACCGCCUUGCGAUAAAGGAACAACUGGUCAAGGGUUACAUGGCACGUCACAAACCAAUGUUAACCUAGAUAAAGAGCUAGAUGCCAUUUCCUUGAUUCGGCUAGACGAAGUGGCUGAGACAGACAAACUACAGAGACCUACAGAGCUGGAGGUCACAUCUAGUGAGGAUGAGAGCGGGGAAUGGGAGACUGCGAGUGAGGCAAGCAUUGCGAACGAGGAGACCACUGAUGGUGAAGGAGAAAAGAAAAAUGAAAAUCUGGAUCCUGAAGGAGGAAUGGAUGCUAUCAGUCAAAAGGAUACUGGAGAAAAUGUCAAAAUAUGGACAUCUAGUGGGCCCCUGGAGAAAAUUGGAGGUGAAGGGACUGGGGAACCCCCAGAGGUGAUGAAACAAUGUUGUGAAAGGACUUCUAGUGAGGGUCUUCAGAGUGAGCAGGCCUUCACUCAUGAAACCAGACCUGAUGAUACGUUUCUUGAGGAAUCCUUGUGUGAUGUUGGCAAGACUGCAAGUAAAGAGAGACCACCUCAUGCUGCUGAAGAAUUAAAAGGGACAGUGAAUGAGGAACCCGAACUUAAUGUUGAAGAGAUGGCCACUGAGGAAACCAUGUCUUAUUUUUCUACAGGGCCUCAUAUUGAAAAGUUAAACGAUGAGGAGUCUGUUGGAGAGCCUGACCCCCAUGUUGAAGAGAUGGUCAUUGAGGCCAUAUCUUAUGUUUCUAAUACGGAGUUAAAUGAUGAGGAGUCUGUUGAGGAGCCUGGCCCUGGAGGAUAUGUGACCCAUGUUGAAAAAAGUAGUCUUUACAAUGAAAAGGCAGCCAGUGAAUGGACUAGAUCUCCUGAGGACAGUGGUUCUCAUAAUGAAGAGCCAGCUAUUAAGGACAUUGAGACUCAAAUGAUAGAGACUGCCAACGAUGGCAUAGAACCUCAGAAGAAUGCUACAGCAAGUGAAGUGAUCGAGUCUCAGUUGAGGGAGGCAGUCUAUGAGAUGAGCGAACCUCAUGUUGUUGAGACUCUUCCUCACCAUGAAGAGACAGUCCAAGUAUGCAGAGAGUCUCUGGAGGUGCCAGAUAGUGAGAGCAUACCGGUAGUUCCUUAUACUAACGAGCUAGUCUGCAUUGAGCCUUGUAGUGUAGAGAUACUUAGUGAGCAAUGUAGUCCUCCAAUGGAAGAGGCAUUUAGUGAUGGACCAGGGCAUCAUGUUGAAGAGGCAGUCCUUGACCCUCCUAAGUCUCAUACCGAAGAGUCUGCUAAUGAGGUGUCUCCACCUAACACAAAAGAGCCUUACAUUGAAGAAACACCAAGUGGGGAGACAAGGCCUUAUGAAUAUGAGAGAGACUGCGAGGGGACAGUAUCUCAUAAUGGGAUAUCUGUCCAUUAUGAAACUGGACCGUUGGUUGGUGAGACAGUCCAUAAUAGAACUUUAAAUGACUCUGACUACAUGGGUAGUGGGGAAAGCGAGACUCGCACUAUCGACACCAAUAGUGAAGAAGCAAAGUCUAUGUCUGACCACGCAUUGAGGGUAGAGUUAGAAGCAAACUCUAAUACAAAAGUUAUUGAGGAAAAUGAGAACUCAUGCCACGUCACUGACGAAGAACAAGGUCCACUUGAUACAAACGCCUCUAAAGAAGAUGCAGAUGGCAAAAUUGAGAUGGUCAAUAAUGAGGGAGUGGUUGACAGUCAGUCAGCUAUUAACAAAGACUCCAGUGUUGACCAGAAAGAGAUUACUGAAGACGAGAUUGGGAAUGACAUUUUUGAGAGUGUCACAGCUGCUAGUAAAGUGACAGCACAGGACCACAAAGAGGGUGUAAGUCAGCUACUUGAUGGAGACACCAAGGGCACAGUCAGUAAAGAGACAGAGGGUUUUAGCAUAGAGACAGUCUGCCAAAAAAUAAGUGGCACCAAUGAAGAGACAGUCAGCGCAGAGACUGAGUUUGUCUACCCUGAGACUACCGAUGGACAGACUGAGGGUGGCCAUAAAGAAAAUGUUAUCCAAACUCUUAAGUAUGAGACAGAUGCAGAUGGUAUACAGACUACGGAAUAUAAAGAAAGUGUAGAUAAAAUCCCUUCUGUUGACCAUAGAGAGAUCCUUCAUACAAUGAGAGAGACCCUUGAGUCUGAAAAUAUAGAAAAACCAAAUGAGGAGGAAACUGCCAGCUUUAUAGAGACAACUGAACAGGGGAGAGAGAGCAAGGACAAUAUCUUUAUAGAGAAAACCUUGAUUGAGCCUUCCAGCAAAGAAAGAGAGUUGGCAAAAUGGAGAGCAAAUCAGGAGAGUGCUGGGCUGAGUAUGUUGGUUGAUUUCAAAGAACUGUAUGGAGAGAGUUUGGAAAUCCCUCCAAAUAUUCAGUAUUUUGUAAAAGAAAGCACCGCUAAGGAAAAGGAGUCUGAUCCUAAUGGAGAAGGGAAAAGCUGGUAUACCAAAGAGGCAGGGUUGCAAGUACCAAGAGACAAUAUAGAAACCCUGAGGCUGGAGGGUGAAAGUUCAAAUACAACUUCUGGUGAAAUAGAGGCAAAAACAAGCAAUUUAGAGGCCGAUGAAGUGUUUUCUGAGGACAUCCUAGAGGCAAUAAGCCACACAAGAUCAUUUGAAAUUGAUGUUGACCAAACAGUCUCCAUUAAUGAUGGAAACUUAUAUAUGGAUGUAUUCACUGAUACAGGAACCACGAUUAGCACUGCAGGGCAGGUGCCUUUGGAUGAAACCAUGGUCAAAGAAAUAAAGGAAGCUGAUUCAGACAAAGUCCUGAGUCUAAGUGGCACGGAGACCAACAGUAAUUCUAGUAUGCUGGUACAACCCAUACCUAUGAGGCCUCUGAAUUUCUCAAAUAUUGCUUUUCAGAAUUUGGAUGUAGUUCAUGAACCAGGGGAACCAAACAUGCAACAUUUUUAUGUGGUUGAUGGUAAUUUCCAUCAUAAGGACACUGACUCUUCAUUUAGAGAAUCCUCACUGGAAGAAACAUCGAGCCCUAGCUUCCAAAUAGAAACAACAGAAGACCAAGAACAAAUUCAGGGCGUUAUACAAGCAGCAAGAAUCGUGGGGCCUCAAAUCGGCAUACAGGUUUCACAAUUUUUAGAAGACCAUGGAGAACUUGCUGAGGAUGAGCCAGACUGUUUUAACCAACGAUUAAUUUUUGACAGGGGAUUUAAAAUUGGCAACUUCUCUCCCAAGAUUGAACUUUUUACCAAACCAGAAACCGAUGCAGUCUUUGUACCGGAAGCAACUUCGACCAUUGCAGAUGAACACAUUUUACCAGAAAGAACUUUGUCACAUGUAGGACCAGAGCCUGAUGGUCAGGGUAAAGUAGAUUUAUGUAUAAAUACUGGUGCAGUAGAGGACACUGGGGGUGAUAAUCCACCUUUACUGUUAACAAGGCAGCGUAGCAACACUGACCCUGGCCCUAGCUAUGAUCAAGAGGAAAUAGACCAGCAGGAUGAUCAACACGAGGAGAAACCUAGGCCUAGAUUGCGAAGUGUGACUCCGCCACUGGACAACUUUACUGCAUCUUUCACUGCUACAUCACCUCAAACUAUCCGAGAAAGCAAACCUCUGGAGAAAGCACAGACCUCCAUAGUUUACCCACCAGUAGACUACAACAUGAGCGUUGAACAGAAGGCUGAAGAAGCUACACCAAAGCAGGAUUCUACAUUUUUUCCAACACGGAUGCAGAUCUUCAAUCCACUCUUUUUCAUUCAAGAAAGUACAGAAGAACAGGGAUUCUACCAGUCGAGUCCCCUGUUACCGCAUGGGAAAGAAAAUAAGAGAAGGAUGCCUUCCCCACCUCGUGAUACAGAGGUCCUUUUGAAAGGUACACAGCCUCCAGCCAUACUCAGUAGAUCUCCUGCAUCGUCUGUGGCAAAUGUGGAGACCACAUCCACUGAUCCACCAUCUACUCACCCAAUUGCCCCUCUGUGGCUUCCUCCCCGCCCCUUGCGUCAUUCUGAAAAUCCCUUGGUAAGACGGCCUACUGUAAGACACAAGAGAAAUACUGCUACCGUUCCACCUUUCAAGCGCUUUAGUGCCAUGAACCUGCCCACAAUCCCACAGAUUUCUUUAGGAGACACAAGCUCAUUGGAAAAGACUCCAUGGCCUUCUGGUACCAGGACCCUGCCCACCAUCCCACAUGAGUUUCCUUCAGAAGAAACAAGCUCUUUGGAAAAGGGCUCAAGGCCUGCUGGUACCAAGGCCCAUAUCUCCACCACCAGACAGAGACUUUUGCCUAGACAGCCAAAAAUCAAUGAACAAGACAUUGGUCAAAAAAUGAACAAGUCUCCCAGGGAAAUAUUGGCAGAAGCUGAACAGAGUUCCAAGAAGUCUUCAAGAAGCCCAAGCCCAGAGACUGUCCUUCGACGAGGAAAACGUUCUCAGAUCCAGCCUUCUACAUCUGAUACAAAGCACAGUAUGCACAUGCAGUACACCACCCUCAUCCGCUCCUCCAGCUUGCUCUAUCAGGAAUACAGCGACGUUGCACUGAACCAGGAGAUCCAAAGGCAAAAGCCUGGCGACUCUCCCGCGGAAGAGAAGGAUCCUGGAUCUCCUCGUCAACGCCGGAGGAUUCUAUCUUCUCAGGAUUCCUAUUUGCAGCGCUUGUCCAUCUCCUCGGCAGACUCUUUGUGGCAGGACCUCCCUAGGAUCCGUGACAGUGCCACCUUUAUGUUAAUGUCCCGAGCAGAGCAAAAGCUGCAGGAGGCCAAGUUUGAACUCAUCAUGUCUGAGGCGCUUUACCUGCGCAGUCUGAACAUCGCUGUGGAUCAUUUUCAGCGCAGUACGGAGCUGCAUGAAGUUCUGGGCGCCCAGGACCGGCAGUGGCUCUUCUCCCGUCUUUCCGAGGUUCGAGAUGCCAGCAAUGACUUCUUGUUUGACCUGGAAGAAGAAUUUGAGAACAACAUGUACAACUUUCAAGUGUGCGAAGUGGUCAUCAGUCAUGAGCCAAACUUCCGCAAAGUCUAUCUGCCCUACGUCACUAACCAGAGUUACCAGGACAGAACCUUCCAGAGGCUGAUGAAUAAUAACCCGCGGUUCCAGCAGGUUUUAUCAAAGCUUGAGAGUGACCCUGUGUGCCAGAGACUGAGCCUCAAGUCAUUUCUCAUCCUUCCCUUUCAGAGGAUCACUCGCCUUAGACUGCUCUUACAGAAUAUAUUGAAGCGUUCAGCACCGGGUUCCAAUGAGGAGCUGCAAGCCACUGAAGCCCACAAUGCAAUAGAGAAGCUGAUAAGAGACUGUAAUGAGGGAGUCCAGAAAAUGAAGGACACAGAGGAGCUGAUACUACUACACCAGAAGAUUCAGUUUGAGUGCAAGAUUUUUCCCCUUAUCUCAGCUUCCCGGCGUCUUGUUAAACACGGAGAGGUCACAGCUCUCGAGUUCAACCCCAUCAGCUCCAAGUGGAAGAGCACCAACCGGCAGGUCUAUCUGCACCUCUUCAGUGACUGUCUCAUGCUGUCCCGGAUCAGAGAGGGUGGCCGCUUUGUGGUGUUUGACCACUCUUCAGACAUCCGCGUGGAGCGAUGCGAGAUAAAACUGCACAGCAACCAGAAGAACAUCUUCCGAGUCUUCCUGAGGGACAGUGCCGCAACUCAGGCACGGGACGGCCAUCUGGAAGGCCAUGAGAUGCAAUACAUCUUCAGAACGGAGACCCAGAGUCAGAAGCUGAGAUGGAUCUACGCACUGACGCCAACUAGAGAGGAAGCCGACUACAUAAAAGAUGGCCUUAAACAGGUGCAAUGUUUAAAGUCCUACAAAGCGCGGGAAAAUGACGAACUGUCGCUGGAGAAGGCGGACACCCUCAUGGUGACACAGAGCAGUGAUGACGGCUGGUUAUGUGGAAUGCGCCUUUCCGAUCUCCAUUCCGGCUGGUUCCCGCAGUGCCACGUCCAGUUUAUCAGCCGAAACGCCUGUCUCCGCAACCUUCAAGAAGAGCAGCGACUACGGAAUGCCCGUGCCAAGCUUCAUCCCGCAAAUUGAUCUCCGCUAAUGGGACAACCCAUUGUGACCCUGCUGCCUAAUCUACCCAAUCCGCUUCCUGCAGCCUGACCUAUUAAUUUUCCUAUUGGCUAAUUACCUCUGUCCUUGUCAGUCUGACCUUCCCAUAGUACAGGCUCCUCCUUACGCCUCUUGGGCAACUCCAUUGUUGCCUCCAACUGUCAUUUUAAGGAACUCUUCAUGACACGUGUAAAUGUUCUUUUGCGCUGAUAUAGUGAUUUGAGCGCUGGCGAUUUUCUCUUUUUCUCAAAGAAAUAGAUGUAUUUAUAUUUUUAAUAAAAUAUCAAACAUUGUA